AUGGCGCUUCGUGGGUCUGGAGUUUUAUGCAGUGUUUCAAACACUGUAGAGAUCACUUCUGUGUUUGGUGGUUCUUCGAGGCUGCUUCACUUGCCCAAGUCUCAUCCGAUUCAUUGUAACAUGGUUUCAGCCAGGACUACAUUCUGGUCAGGUCAUCUCAAGCUGCAAAACAAAGAACCGUCAGGCUCUCCUCUAAGGCCAUGUCGUGUCAAGCGCGAAGACAAUAACCAAACUGCGGAUGUUGAAAGCGUAUCGGUGGAUGAGAACACGUUGAAGCAAGAUCUCAAGACUGCAAUCCAAGAAGAAAACUACGUGGAGGCAGCUAAAAUCCGGGAUAAAAUAAAAGAGCUUCAAGAAGACAACAAAGCCUCUGUUUUGUCAGCCAAUGCUCGGUUCUACCAAUCUUUCAGAAACGGGGAUUUAGCUGCGAUGCAGUCGCUGUGGUCAAAGUCUGGAAACCCGUGCUGUGUCCAUCCAGGAGCCAAAGGCAUAACCGGGUAUGAUUACGUGAUGGAAAGCUGGGAACUUGUGUGGAUGAACUAUGAGUUUCCGUUACAGAUCGAGCUAAAAGAUGUUGAGACUCAUGUUCGAGGCGAAGUAGGUUAUGUAACAUGUAUGGAGUUUGUGAAGACGAAAGGGAGUAGUAGUUGGGGAGCUCAGUUUGUGUCAAAUGUGUUUGAACGAAUCGAUGGGCAAUGGUUUAUAUGCAUUCACCAUGCUUCUCCUGUUGAUAUUUGA